AUGGAGCAGCACAAAAUUCAUGGUGAUUUCGUCUUAAUUGCACCCAACCACGUUUCCAUCAACAAUCUAGAGGCAGUGAAUAUCAUCUACGGCCACAAGUCUGGUUUUGUGAAGAGUGACUUCUACGAUGCAUUCCUUCAAGUCACGCCGGUACUCUUUAAUGUCAGGGACACUGAUGCCCACCAACGGAAGAGGAAGUAUCUGAACCCCGCAUUUUCUGCAAGAGCGCUUUCUGAUUUUGAACCGCAUAUGGAUAAUGAGAUGCUAGCAUGGAAAAAGAGGCUUUUGGGAAUGGUCGAGGGAGGAAGCGCGUCGAUCGACUUUGCUACGUGGACAAACUAUCUUGCUUUUGAUAUCAUUGGUCGCUUUGCCUUUGGUUCAUCUUUCGGAUUUAUCCAGAAAGGGAAGGAUCCAUAUAACCUCAUUGCUACCAUUGACUCACGAGGAGAAGUCCUCAAUUCCCUAGGCUCACUCCCAUCUUGGAUUCGACCUUGGAUGAAAUACAACUAUUUUGAUCCCUUCUGGAGCGCUGGUCUGCGUGCAAGGGCUAACUUGGAAAGUAUUGGCCGGGAAGCGUAUAGACGACGCAAGGACCAUAACCAUCCUGAAAAGGAUCUUUUAUCAUUCCUGUUCCGUGCAAAAGACGAAAAUGGGGUGAUUGAGGAACAUGAAAUAAUCGCUGAAUCCAUCAGCUUUAUAGUCGGAGGUAGUGACACAACUAGCAGCACCAUAACGAAUUUCAUAGACAUUGUAUCGCGGGACCCACCUCUUCAAAAAAUGCUACAGGCCGAACUGGAUGAAGCUUUUCCCGGAAGGCAAAAUGAUGACUGGGUGGCUCCUGACAAAGUUGUUCAGAAUCUUCCAUUGUUAGUUGCCACGCUCCGUGAGGUUAUGCGCAUUCGGCCCACGAGCGCAACAGGCCUAGAGCGCAUUGUACCUGAAGGUGGUAAGACUAUUGCAGGCGUCUUUUUUCCAGCAGGUACAAUUGUUAGUGUUCCGACGUGUGGUGUGCUGAGCAACGAAAGAGUUUUUGAGGCCCCCGACGAGUUCCGUCCGCAGAGAUGGAUGACAGGUGAUUCCAAAGAUCUGAUGGCGUACUUUCUUCCCUUCUCUACAGGACCAAGGGCUUGCAUUGGAAGAAGCUUCGCUUGGAUGGAGAUACUGAAGGCUGUAGCAGUCUCAUUCAGGCUGUUUGAGGUGAAAAGGGUGAACAAGACGCCGACCGUCAUUCGAGAGGGUUUCUUCAACAAGGCGUCAGAGUGUGAAUGCGUUAUUAGACUGAGGCAUGAAGGUACACCAACAGACAAUGACUCUGUAUGA